AUUAAGAAUGGAGUGCUCGCAGUUCAGACACUGCGGAACAAUAUAAUGGCCUCCACUCUGCUUGGAUCAACCGCCAUCACACUGAGCUCAUUGAUUGGCGUGCUAGUGAGCAGCAUAAAUGGAUCUGGUGGAGCAGAUGCUUUUAUAUAUGGUGAUCAUAGCAGGACUGGCUCUUCUAUAAAGUACUUCACCAUUCUCAUAUGUUUCCUGACAGCGUUUGUGUGCAAUGUUCAGUCAAUACGUUACUACAGCCAUGUGAGUUUUCUGAUAAAUGUGCCCAGGGAUAAGUAUUUGCCACGACAGUCGUCGAUUUAUUUUGUGAGCAAAGCAUUGAACAGAGGAAGCUACUUCUGGUCGUUGGGACUCAGGGCAUUUUACUUCUCUUUCCCUCUCUUUUUGUGGAUAUUUGGGCCCCUGCCCAUGUUUGUUUCCUGUUGUUCAAUGGUGGGUGUUCUUUAUUUCUUGGAUACUGAACCCAUUUCACCUAAACACUUUCUCUGCAUGGCAGAGCAGAUGUCGAUGUAGAACAAUGCUCUUCUCCAACACUAUUUUUUGGAAAACCUACUUCUUUAUGAGUGCAUCAAGAAACUCAUCUUUGAAGUCACUGAAGACAGUGAUGAGAGCAGCAGGGAUACAAAACGGAAGAGACAUGGAGAACAUAUGACAGAAGGUGCCCAAGGAUAUCCAAUGCAGCAAUUCAUUAUGAUUGGGGUGUUAGUAGAUCUCCUUAUUUUCACAUUUUGUCCCACAUUUUUUGGGUGGGAUUACACUAGCAUAUUUUUAUAA